UCCGGUAGCAUCUCACACCUACCUGUAUCAGCUGAUAAAGCCAGACCAAUUGGGGAAAGCUUGCAAACUCACCGUUGCUAUGGCCAAGCCUGCUUUUGUCAUCCAUCCACAGAACACAGAAGUGCUUGUGGGGGGAAGUGUGACUCUGGAAUGUGGGGUGUCAGGACACCCCGCACCUCGCGUCGUCUGGAUGCUGAGCUCAGGGUCACCGCUGCCCCAGAAUUCACGCUUCACCAUCACCAGCUCCGGAGGCCUCUAUAUCCAAAAUGUCACUUUGUCGGACGAGGGGAAAUAUAGCUGCAAAGCCACCCACAGAGAAGGGUCCAUUAUGGCGACAGCAAACGUUAUUGUGCAAGAUACUCCCAGGUUUUUAGCAGUCCCCAGUGAUCAGACUGUGAUGGAGGGUCAAAGUGUGGAUCUGUCCUGCUCCGCAGAUGGACAUCCUCUCCCAGUUAUAACUUGGACAAAAGGAGGAGGUCCAUUGCCAAACAGUUGGAGACACAGUGUCCUCUCCACGGGAACCCUGCAGAUAGUGCAAGUGGCCCUUCAUGAUCAAGGCCACUACGAGUGCCACGCCAUCAAUGCUGUUGGAGCCCAGAGUUUUUCUGUGAAGCUCUGGGUCACCCCACAUGUUAUGCCUGUAUUUCUUCAUCCACCUCGAGAUACAGUUGCAGAUGUCGGACAAGACAUUGAGAUCCCUUGUACUGCCCAAGGAGAUCCACAGCCAACGAUAACGUGGGCGAAGGACAGCAUUCAGAUCACAGAAAGUGGGAAAUUCCACAUCAGCCAAGAAGGCACCUUGUCCGUCAGAGAUUUGGGGCUGGCAGAUCAAGGAAGGUAUGAGUGUAUCGCCAGGAGUAGCUCUGGAUUCACAACUAGCAGCAUGCAGCUAACAGUCAUUGCCACAAAUGUUGGAAGGAGUGGUGAUACCUUCGUAGCCACCUCCAUCCAGGAAGCCAUCAGCAGUGUGGAUUUUGCCAUCAAUUCGACCCGCACCGAACUGUUCAGCAAGAGACCCAAAACACCGAAUGAAUUGCUGGCCCUUUUCAGAUAUCCACGGGAUCCCUAUACCAUUGAGACGGCUCGGGCUGGAGAGAUCUUUGAAAGGACCUUGCAACUCAUUCAGGACCACGUCCAGCAAGGGUUGUUCGUGGACAUGAACGGAACGGGCUAUCGCUACAAUGAUCUGGUUUCCCCUCACUACCUGAACAUGAUUGCCAACUUAUCUGGCUGCUCCGCCCACCGCCGCACACCCAACUGCUCAGACAUCUGUUUCCAUAAGAAGUAUAGGACCCACGAUGGUUCGUGCAAUAACCUCCAGCACCCCAUGUGGGGCGCAUCCCUAACGGCCUUCCAACGGCUUCUUAAGCCCGCCUACCAAAACGGCUUCAACCUCCCCCGGGGCUUCUCCUUGGUGGAGGAUUCCAGGGAGCUCCCCCUUCCUCUGCCUCGCUUGGUCUCUACCGCCAUGAUUGGCACCGAGACCAUUACGCCCGAUGACCAGUUCACUCACAUGCUUAUGCAGUGGGGACAAUUUCUGGACCAUGACCUGGACCAGACGGUGGCUGCGAUCAGCAUGGCACGCUUUUCAGAUGGAGAGUCUUGCAGUCAGGUGUGCACCAAUGACCCACCUUGCUUCUCCAUCAUGAUCCCGAAGAAUGACCCCCGUGUACGGAAAGGGCGGUGCAUGUUCUUUGUGCGCUCCAGCCCCGUGUGUGGCAGUGGAAUGACGUCCCUGCUGAUGAACUCUGUCUACGCCCGAGAGCAGAUCAACCAUCUCACCUCCUUCAUCGAUGCUUCCAAUGUCUACGGCAGCACAGAACAGGAAUCCCUCGAACUGCGGGAUCUCAGCAACCAGAAUGGGCUUCUGAAGAAAGGCCAGGUGGUUCCAAGUUCAGGAAAGCCCCUCCUCCCUUUUGCAACCGGGCCUCCGACCGAGUGCAUGCGGGAUGAAAGCGAGAGCCCUGUGCCAUGCUUCUUGGCAGGGGAUCACCGGGCCAAUGAACAACUGGCCUUGACUUCCAUGCACACUCUGUGGUUCCGUGAGCAUAAUCGGGUGGCCACCAAGCUCCAGGCUUUGAACCCUCACUGGGAUGGGGACACCAUCUAUCAUGAGGCUCGCAAGAUUGUGGGGGCCCUGAUGCAGCACAUCACCUACUCCCACUGGCUGCCCAAGAUCCUUGGAGAAGCUGGGAUGAAGGUCUUGGGAGAUUACAAAGGCUACGAACCCAGUACCAAUGCUGGCAUCCUGAAUGUCUUUGCCACAGCUGCUUUUCGCUUUGGCCACACCCUUAUCAACCCACUCCUCUACCGACUCAAUGAAACUUUCCAGCCCAUCCAGCAAGGCCACGUCCCACUUCACAAGGCAUUCUUCUCCCCAUUCAGGAUCAUCCAGGAGGGUGGCAUUGAUCCCCUUUUGCGUGGGCUUUUUGGGGUCCCUGGGAAAAUGCGGGUCCCUUCUGAACUCCUCAACAUGGAACUGACGGAGAAGCUGUUUUCAAUGGUGCACUCAGUCUCCCUAGACCUGGCAGCCAUCAAUAUCCAGAGAGGGCGUGAUCAUGGCAUCCCACCUUAUAAUGAUUUCCGUGUCUUUUGCAACCUCACAUCUGCUCAGGAGUUUGAUGACCUCAAGAAUGAAAUUAAAAAUCUGGAGAUCAGGGAGAAACUCAGGAGCUUAUAUGGAAUUACAAAGAAUAUCGACCUCUUUCCAGCCCUGAUGGUAGAAGAUCUUGUCCCAGGAACCAGAGUAGGACCAACACUCAUGUGCUUAUUAGUGACCCAGUUCAGACGGCUCCGAAAUGGAGACAGGUUUUGGUAUGAAAAUCCAGAUGUGUUCACUUCAGCCCAGCUCACGCAGAUCAAGCAGGCAUCACUGGCCCGUAUCAUCUGCGACAACAGUGACCACAUCCAGCAGCUCCAGAAGGAUGUCUUCCAGGUGGCAUCGUAUCCCCAAGGCAUGGUUGGCUGCAGUGAAAUUCCCCAAGUGGAUCUGCGCAUGUGGCAAGACUGCUGCGAAGACUGCAGCACAAGAGGUCAAUUGAGAGCCCUCUCACAGCAGUUCCGAAGCAAAAGAUCAUCCGACUUCAGCUAUCCAGAAGAAAAUCCAUCCAAGGCCUUCUUAGGAGGACCAAGGAUGGAGGGAUCACCUUUGAACCAUUCCCCAGAAGAAGACCUCAGAUCUUUGGUGAAAGAACUUGAAAAAACCAUCCUCUCUCUUCGGAAGCAGGUCAAUGGCUUGGGAGGUCAACUGAGAAGACAUCAAAGAAGCUUUGCUACCAAAUAUGGCCGGCAGCAAGAGAAUGGAGCAAAGGAGAGGAAAAGAUGACCCCACUUACGUGCUGCUUGAGUGAGAGGACAAUCCAUGGGUGAAAGAGGGAAGGACAGGUUGCACAAUGUUUUUUGGAUCAGGGUCAGGAGUAUUGGUGUUCAUGGAUGGAACAAAUGGUGACACAAGCAUCAAAUGAUUCAACUUAUGCACUUCUAUCACACAGUGAUAGAUGUCAUGAUACAUGCAUUGUCAAGUUGAUGUCAUUGUGGCUUAUAAAGGACCCCAAUGCUCAAGAGCAGCAUCUGGAUUGUAAGACUCAUUUCUGAGCAGCUGGUCUUUCCUAAGCCACGUACCCAUCUCUUUUUCUUUAAAAAAAUGUUCCUCUUUUAUGGUAUUGGUGGGGCAUCACUUCGAAAUGGCAGAAGUGCAAACCAGCAGAUCUAAUAAUGGCCUUUCCUCAACCUGACCUUUGUUUUCAUGGCAAAAGUAAGGUCAAGACUCCUUCAAGUUAAGCUUGACCCCUAUUGACUUCAUGGACAUGUCCAUGUAGUUUUCUCUAUAGCAGUGUGGAGGUGGUUUGCCAUUGCCUUCUGAGAUUUUGGUCUCAACUUUCCAGUUUAGCUUGCAGUCCUGGGAUUUCUUGAUGGUGUCAUAUCAAAGCACACACAACAUCUAACUCUGUUUAGCUUUUGAAUAUCAGCCAAAGUCAAACUAAGGAUUGACACUUUCUGAGCUACCUUCAAGUUGAGCUUGAUUCCUGGUAGAUUUAUCCAUGUUAUUUUCUGGACAACAAUAUGGAAGUGGUUUGUGUUGCUAUUGUCUUAUCCUAGGAUUUGGGGUUUUUACCUCCCAUCUAGCCUACAGGCAUGGUGUUUUAUGAUGGCCUCCCAUCAAGGUACUAACCAGAUCUGAUUUUACAGUAUUUAGCUUUUGAUCCUAGAUUAGACUGUCCACAUGCUGCUACCAUUAAAGCUGAGUGAUAAAUUAGAUGCUCCUGAGCAGCUCCAUUCCAAUAUAUUCCAUUUUUAUUUUAUUUUUUCCAUACUACAGUAAUUGGGUCUGGCAAUAUGCCCAGGUGGUGUUGUAGAAGCAGGCCUAAGAACAUCUUUCAUACUUCAGUUAGUAAUACUCAUGUUUUCUGACUUGUCUCUUACCCCUAGGCUGUUUCAAGCAACUGCACGCACCUUGCAGUUACUUCUGCCCUCAAGAAAAGCCAGCUUGCUUCAAGAGAGACCAUCACUGUCAAUCUCAGCCCCUGAUUUGCCUGCAUCAGAUCCUGGAGAUGUCUCUCCAGGCGGUUGACCCUUCAUCACUGGCCUGAAAGAGCUCCAGCUUCUUAGAUGCCCAGACUGCCUCUAGCUGUAUUAAGGAGUGACUUAUUCUGAGCUUUCACUUGUCCUGUUUUCAGACCUGGAGAAUCUCUCUCUCUUAAACACCCAGGAUUGCAAUUCUUAUUAACAACUUUGGACCCAGAACGAUGAACUCUGUUUCAGAAUAAUCCAAACGCUGAAGGUUUGAAUUCAGAGGGAGCCCCAGAUAGAGGAUGUGCUCCUGAAGAUAAACAGAGCAUUGAAAGAAUAUUGAGUAUUUAAGAAGCUGAGUAUCCCACUGGAAAAAGUAAAAGCAUUCAUAAUAUGGUGGUCUAGGAUGCAGGAUAUGGGCUUAGCCCAGCUAGCAAUGAAUGCUAGUGGACAUUCAUUAUGUUGAAGUAAAAAGUAGGUCUCAUUUCUUCCUAAGCUACGUACAUCUUGAAGAGAGGGAAGCAUAAGAAAGAUAGAGAUAGAAGACAUUCCCUUUUGCCUCUUUAAACACCGAAGGACAAUAGGUUUAACUAUCAAUAGGUCAGGUGAAAAACACACAGAGAAAAGGCCUUGUGAAGACUCUUGGCCUUAUCUGUCUCCUUCCAUUUGCCCUAGUGGUCAAAACAACUCCCAAAUACAAAAAGAUGGUACCAUCUCCAACAGCUAUGUACUGUCCCUCUCUUCUGCAAGAUGCCUGGACAAAAGAUGCUCUGAACAGACCUCGCUGCUUCUCAGCUUCAGAAGCCCUAGGCCCACCGAAAGGACAAUCAAGCAAAGCCAGCAGAUGCUGUGCAUAUGAAAUUUUUCAAAUCAUAACCAAUCAAAUCAAGAAAAGCUUCAAUGGGUAUUUAAACAGUAAGACGCCAUGGUUGAAGACUCAGGCAAAGAACUGAUUAGCUGGAAGCAACCUUGCCAUGCUUGUGUUUGAGGAAAAGUGCUGGGAACAUGGGCUAAAUCAACAACAUUCCUUUAGGCUGUUGUUGAUCAGUCAUUCUUUAGUUACGGAACACGUCAGAGAUAAAUACCAGGAUGGGUGGAAACCUCUCUUUGUUGUAUUAAGCUUGCAAUGACCUUGAAGCUGCAUGAAGUCCCUCCAACUGCUUCUAUUCUUUUCACAAAAGACAUUUCCAAUCUCCUUAAUUCCAGAAGGUUUUUAAGAUGAAGCACAAUAGGUACUACAACACUGCAAAUGGUUGGUUGAUAGACACCAGAACAUUUAUCCAUACGUUGUUCUUGGAUACAUUCCUGCCUGUCUUCCUGAAUUCUACAUCAUGCCCCAUCACACACAGCCUGUUGCAGCUGCUGCUGAGAACAGACAGUUAGGAGGCGAGGCUGGAAAAAUAUCUGAGGCUGGGAAGAUUUUCUUAUACAUGUUCAGACUAAAAGCCACAUGUCCAGAUGAAGCUCACCUAACAAAGUUAUUGUGAUGUACGAAAGCUUAGGAACUGUAGUUCUUCCAGGGAUCUCAGGUUCCCUAAAUUCCAUUUUAAAGAUAGUUGCCAUCUUUAAACAGUCAAAUGUUUAAAUGGUGGUCAUCUCGGAACUGUUCAUAUUUAAAUAUGAAGGUGACUUCAGAAACAGAGUAUGGAUUCUCCUAGUUGGUUCAGAAUCACUCCAUGGACAUAUAUUUGAAGUGCCAGCCAAAGCAAUGAAAUCUUUAUAGUACAGUCGUUGCUACUGCAGAAUUAUUCCAUGGCUUAAGCUGGAACUGUUUUGAAUCUGAUUUCAGGUUUUGAAUCUGAUCUCUGGUGCUGUUUCAUUACACUGAGGUGCUUCAAAAAAUUCAGUGGUGCUAUGCUAUACAGGUGGUCCUUGCUUAAUGAUCACUUGUUCAGAGACACUUUGAAGUUAAAUGGGGCUGAAUGAGUGGUACUUAUGAUAGGUCCUCAAAGUUGUGGCCAUUGCAGUGCCCCUGUGGUCACGUGAUUGCAUUUUGGGUGCUCAGCAACCAGCCCGCACUUCCAACUGUUGCAGCAUCCUGUUGUCACAUUAGCAUGAUUUGCGACCUUUCUUGUUGGCUUCCAACAAGCAAAAUCAAUGGGGAAGUUGGCAGAAAGUCGGAAGCCACGGUCACGAGGUCCUCACUUAACAACCCACACGGUCCUCGCUUAACAAUGGCAACCAGGACUGCUGUAACUGCCAUUGCUAAGUGGCACGAUCACAUGGUUUUUCGACUUAUGACCAUGUUGCUUAAAGAUGGCAUUACUGGCCCCAAUUAAGGUCAGUAAGUGAGGACUACCUGUAUUCCAUUGUAGUUUACUGUGUCCUGUAUAAUAUAUUUUAGAUGGAGGUUGCCUUUGGCUCUUGGGAUAAGGAGAUCUCCAGAGAGAGUUGGUGCUAACAACCUUGAAUGUGAAGACUACCUGUUUGUUUUUUCCAAAAUACAUUUUCCUACAACCUACCUUUUCCUGAAAUUAAGGAAUCUUAAGAACCUGCAGACGGAUUUCUUUUCUUUUACAAGAUAUGUAGGAUUGUUGAAAGAAAGGAGAAUUCAAAGAAGAUCCAUUUAUUGGUGGAGACCAGUUGUCUCUGGCUAAAUCUUCAAGAAUUCCCAGCUAGGUUGUUUACCUCUACCAUUAGACAAGGUGGAUGUUUGAUCAACUGUAGCAAUCUUGCAGAUAAUAAAAUCCCAUUCUUCCAAA